AUGGAGGAACUUGAAUGUAAAAAUUCUUUAGAAUUAGUCGAGAAACUGGGUUCUCGAGUUCGCGUUUUCUGGGAUAGAUAUAAUGGUUCCAGAAGGGUUGCUGUAAUUAAAACUUUAAAAAAUAGUUCUUUUUUAAAUCAAAUUGAUCGUGAAAUUGAAGAUAGUGUCGCUGACGUCGCAAAGGCUGCUGGUGUGGAAUGGGGCAAGUUGUCUGCUUCCGAGAAGUCCGUUUGGGAGAAGAAGGCUGCUUAUGACAUGAAGCGGUAUGAGGCGGAUAUGGAGGUCUAUCGUUCGAGACAAAGCAAAUGAAGAACCAACGGAUGAA